AAUGUUUUACAACACUGUCGGCAAAUAGCAAAGUAUGUAAAAAGCUGAAGUGGGAAGUUUUUAACAAAUUUCAAACCUAUAAUGGAGGGCAAAACAUUAAAGCGUGCCCGUUCCGAAGAUGAGGAUAACAAUAACAAUAUAACCCAAAUGAAGGUCUGGGUUAGCCAAAAGAUGUCCGAUAUGCGUGAUGCCUCAAAAAUGAAAGCAGUCCAUGAGAAAACAACACAAAUGCUAUUCAGUGCCGCUGCCGCUGGCGGCAAAGAUAAACCACAACAGUCCAGCAGACUUCCGGUUCCAAUUGGGGGAACGGCUCCUCGAGCUACUGCUGCAUCGCUAUACGAGCACUAUCAAUUGCUGGGAAACGGUAUUAUACAUUUGCGGGAUCUUCAUCCCGAUGCAGCCAAUCCGAAUCUGGAGCGACGAAAGUCGCGUUGCUGUCAACGUCAAACAUUGAUACAUGAUAAGUGCUGCAAUUGUUCCAUGGACUUGUGUGAAGAAUGUGGUUACUCCUGUGCGGAGUGUGGUCAAUUUGUAUGCCGUACUUGUGUUAUGUUGUUUGGCAGUCGACCACAAGAGGAAGCGGAUGAUCCACUGUGCGAGCGUUGCCAAAUGUUUUGCCGUUAAAUAAAAAGAAGGCCGCAUAGCGCAAAAGUACAAAUUCAUAAGUAUAAGGCAAUAAUAUUUAUUUUUAUUUUUUUCCUAAACAAGAAGCAAGUAAUAUAUUU